AUGAGGGUCAACAUUUCAGCUGGCUGUGUUGUGGUGGCUCUCCUGUGUGUGUUUCUUGUGAGCGAUUCGGCUGUGGGUGAUGAAGAUCCUAAGGUUAAGGACGAUAAACACUUGUUUUUUAAGCGCCCAGUCCCGCAUUUUGUUAAGGGAGGAGGCCUAGGUGGAGGCAUUGGUGGAGGAGCAUGGAAGAUUUCCUCGAGGUGGACUUGGCGGCGGUCUAGGAGGUGGGUUAGGAGGUGGCGGUGGCCUUGGAGGAGGGGGUGGUCUAGGGGGAGGUGCAGGAGGCGGUUUAGGCGGUGGAGGUGGACUUGGACAUGGUGGGUUGGGAGGCGGUGGAGGUCUAGGUGGAGGUGCAGGAGGCGGUUUAGGCGGUGGAGGUGGACUUGGACAUGGUGGGGGUCUAGGUGGCGGAGGUGGACUUGGCCACGGUGGGGGUCUAGGUGGCGGAGGUGGACUUGGACAUGGUGGGGGUCUAGGUGGAGGAGGUGGACUUGGCCACCGUGGCGGUGCUGGGGCCUUGGCGGUGGAGCUGGAGGAGGUGGUGGCCUUGGCGGUGGAGCUGGAGGAGGUGGUGGACUUGGAGGUGGAGGUGGAGCGGGAGGUGGUGCAGGUGGAGGCUUUGGCGGUGGUGUAGGUGGCGGGGCUGGAGGAGGUGUUGGAGGUGGUGCUGGUGGAGGGGGUGGGUUUGGGGGUGGUGGAGGAGUUGGUGCUGGAGCCGGUGCUGGAGGAGGGUUUGGAGCUGGUGGUGGAGUAGGGGGCGGAGGAGGUGGUGGGUUUGGUGGAGGUGGCGGAGGUGGUUUUGGUGCUGGUGGUGGGGCUGGCUUCGGUGGUGGAGCUGGAUUCGGAGGUGGCGGCGGUCACUAGCUAAUUAACGCACGAGUUUCUGCUGCAACUGCAGAAAGGAAUGAAUUAAUUUACUGCUGAUUAACUACGUUAGCUAUGUUCCUUAUUUUGGAGUUUUAUUCUUCUUUCCUCUUUAAUCCUGCAAUUUCUAGCUCAAUCUAAGAAUGUCUUCUUCAAUCUUCAUGCAAACGAAGAGAAAAGUGUAUUCUUUGUGCAUGGGAAGCAUUUUGUUAUUUUACA